AUCGACUGUCCUCUCCACCCCCCACGACCCUCCCUCCUCCCUGCCAGUGAGUAUCCUCCCCCUCCCCCCGCCACUGCUACUGAGGGAUCGAGCAUAUAAAGGCACACUUUAGUCCCGGUGGCCCCAGUCUUCCACAACCAGGCAUCAUGAGAGCCCUUGCAGCCCUUCUCGUGCUGGCGGUCGCGGCCGCCGUGUCCAACGCCCAGGAAUACAACAUCGACGAAGUCAUUAGGAACCUACAAACCAGAGCAGACGCGGAGGAGCUGGUCCGCUGUGUACUCGACAACAGGUCCCAACUGCCUUGCCGACAGAUGUUCCUGGAUUUCAGACGUUUUUUGCCCGACAUCUUCGAAAAUAAUUGCCGCGGGUGCUCGAACCAGCAGAGGGACGUGAUGCAGAGGGCAGCGGUGUUCCUGCAGAAGAAUCACAAGGACUCCUUCAACCGACUCUCGCGGGGCAUCAGGAGGAACUUCGGUUGAGCCGGCGUUGACGUCCCUUCGGCGCAGAUCUUGGCCCCGCCUCGGCCGCUCGUCUUGAAGGACCUUUUUGUAAUGCGAAGUCAGUUAUUAAAGUUGUGAUUAUUA